AUGUCCGAGUCAUUCACCGCUUCCCUUCAAAAGAAGAAUGCCGGUUCCCUCCUGGUCGCUACCAAGACCAAUCCAUUCAUUGCUUCCGCAAUUAACGGAUCCUUGACGGAUGACAGAUUCAACAGAUGGAUGCAGCAAGACGUUAUCUUUGUUGAAGCUCUGGGUCGUUAUGAGGGGUUGUUGCUGCACAAGGCUCCGUUGAGAGAUUUCCAGACGGUCGUUAGCGGAAUCGCCGCUUUGGAGGCCGAGUUGAGGUGGUUUGUCGAACAGGCUGUCCCUAGAGGCGUCAAGCUCAUCCACACCCGCCCAUCUCACAGCGGCACCUACGAAACCCUCAGCGCCGCCGCUGCCGCAGCUCCCGCUACCCAAGCCUACAACGACUACAUCCUCCAAACCCUCCCAACAAAGUCCUACCUCGCACAAAUCACCGCCGUCUGGGCUAUCGAGUUAACCUACCUGCAAGCCUGGCGCAACGUCCUGGACGAGUCGAAGGAUGACAAAUGGAGGCAGAAUGCAGAGCACUGGGCUGUUCCGGAGUUCCAGCAGUAUGUCGCUGGGUUGCAAAAGUGUGUUGAGGAUGCGUUUGAGGAGAGUAAGGAGGAGAGGUCGGAUCAUAAGGCUGAGGUUUGGGAGGCUGAGGAGUGCUUUCAGGAGGUGUUGCGGUUGGAGGAGGACUUCUGGAAGAUGGCCAUGGAGGCGUAA